CCCAUUACUCUCCUUCCCGGAUUGGACCUGCAUGGCCACGGCACCGUCAUUGCAUGAGAAAGAGGGGGCUGGUCCGAGAGUUUCCUGAUCCACUCUGUCUAUCCUCGGUCUGACCGGACAGGCGAAAAACACUAAGGGAUUUCCAGAACAAAAGCGACAACGGACAAUACAAACCAGCUGGAGUGGCGUAUCUACGUACAGCCUUGAGAGAAUUUCAAGCGACUGUGGCAAUAGAGGUAUGACAUCUCUGAUGGCGACGAACGGUGACCAUGACUUGAAAGUUAUCUCUACGAGAGGGGUGGCAGCAAAAAGACAAGAUGGAAGCCUCACCAGUCCACGGCAGCAAAAAUCACCAUACCACCACAAUUCUGAUGGAAAGGAACAUGCGAGCCCCUCUAAUCGCAGACCAAGAGAGAGCAGUGCUGCAGUAAGCUUUAGCACUAAUAAUAACUCUGUAGUAUGUCUUCCUUUGGUAUCUGAAGGGCUAAAGCUAGUGUGGACCCAGUCUGAUCAAACACGUGAGCUGGAUGGUAUCCCUGAACUUGUUCAGGCCUUCAACACCUUCCCCUAUCCAACAUCUCAAGAGGUCAGCACCCUUGCCCGUGUCUGCGCUCUUCCCUUAGAUAAAGUCAAAGUGUGGUUCAUGGUGCAACGCAUCAAGUAUGGAAUUAGCUGGGCCUCGGAGGACAUUGAAGAGACAAGGCUCAAGCUGGCUAGGCCAGUACAAACAAGUGAACCUGAACACAAAUCGAACAGUACAAAGAGGAAAAAUGGAAUUGAGGAUUUAAAAGAAACAGAAGAUCAUGUAGAAGAUCUAGCGCAAAGUCCACAAGUGCCUCGUAAAAGACAUAAAAUUGAAAGCACAGAACCAGAAAAGCUCUUUCCUGCUCCCUCACGUUUCAUUUCAUCUCUCCCACCUCCUCAGGAUUCGUACUACUACCGACAGCCAGUAGAAAUCCCAGAAACACCUCAAGCAGCCACUCCGCUUACUUCUACAGAGUCUCCUGCUGGAUCUGAGCAGCCACGGCAGGGGCGCUACAAAAAGUCCAAAGCCCAGUUAGCUGCUUUGCGUAAGAGUUUUCUACAGGAGAAUUGGCCCGAUGAGACAGAGCUUCAGCGACUACAAGAGGAGACAGGCCUAACUCGUAAUGAGAUUCGAAAAUGGUUUAGCGACAGUCGCUACCAGCUGCGAAAUGGUAGAGGGUUGUUGACAUCCUUCUCCGCUACUCGAGAAAAAAAUGAACCCAACUGCAAUGUAUCAUCUCAGUCUCAGGAGGUUCAGCCUCUUCCUCUCACUACUAAAAAGCAAACAAUAGAGCAUGCUGAUGAAGGCAAGGAAAAGGUUUGCACGAAAGGAUCACGAAAGAAUCAGCCAAAGAAUUCUCAGUUUUUCCAGCUUUUCCUGUCUAACACGCUUGAAGCAUUUGAAGAAGGAGCAUUAGUUGUGGAUGAGGAGAAAUGUUCAGAGGAAAGAGAGAUUCAGAAUAAUAAAGCUGGAAGUGAACAGGAAAGUGAGGGACGUUCUUUGACACCUCCAGAGCCAGCUGCACCCACGUCCUCCUCUUCUUCACCUUCAAUCACCCCAAUUAAAAAACACUCAGGCAGGUCAUUGAAAUCUGCACGUUCUGUCAAAGCAAAUGCUUUGAACAACUCCCUAAACUCCUCGGAUAACACUUCAACUUCUUCAGUAUUAACAGUGGCUGGACGACCAAGGAAAACAAAGGAGCAACUGGCUGUCCUAAAGGAAUACUUCCAGCGCUGCCCAUGGCCAAAGAGUGAUGCAUACACUCAGAUAGUGGAACUAACAUCUUUGCCUCGUGCUGACAUUAUCCAGUGGUUUGGGGACACACGUUAUGCUGUAAAAAAUGGCCAUGUACGCUGGGUGCAUGCUGACAUACGUGACCAAGUGCUUGCUGAGAUAGCAUUGCUACAAAGUGGAGGGGCUGCUGCCGAUGCCACUGGAACCCCAGGAAGUGAAGGCAAUAGGAAACGCAAGUCACAAGGGAACAGCACACCAAAAAUGCAGAAGUCUUCAGCAGAUUCUGUAGACCUCAUUCCAUUGGAGCAGUAUUAUCAACAGACCGGAACACUCCAAGAGAAAGACCUCGACAAUCUCUGCCGGAAGUCAAAAAUGAGUUAUCAACAGGUCCGAGACUGGUUUGCAUCUAAAACCAGUAAAACACUGGACACAGAGAUCACUGAUAUAGAUUGAUUAAUAUAAAAAUGAAAAUGGUUUGUGAUCAUGUCUGUUAAUCUGCUGUGAGUCCUGUAAUCAGGCAAAACCCCUUUUGAAGGCACAGUAUAAAAUCACUUCAAGCAAUGCCCUCUAUGUAAAAAACAAAACAAAAACAAUAGCAAUGUGAAUUUUUUUUUAUUAUUAUUAUUAUUAUAAACACUCACUACAUGAUUUGCUAAUUUGUUAAACAUCAGGCGGUAUUGAAAUGUAAAAUUUAUUUUUGGUCUUUGGUCAAAUACUAAUUAAUGUUUCUGUGAUGCUCUGGGAGUCAUCUGUCCACUAACUGUUCCUCCAGUUUCCUAUGUUUGUGUUGUUGGUAUUUUUGUUAGUAAUCCUUUCGAGCUGCAAUUGCUGCUUCUUUAAA